AUGCGUUUUGGGGUGGAAGGCGCUUAAUUUCGAUAGUUUUGCGGUUGUUUUAAUAUAAGUAAAAAUGCCAAAAGACAUAUCAUCGUCAUCGAGCGAAGAUGAGGCGGACAGUCCUGCUCCGGAAUCAGCGGCGAAGCAGAAAGAGACGGAGAAGACCACAAGAUACCGGUGCCCUGCAGACUUUGUGUCUUUCAGUCACGUUCCCUGCAGCAGCACUUUAACCAGCAAACUGAAGAAAAACAACAAUGAACUGUGGCUCAUUAAAGCUCCCGCCAGCUUUAACCCGGAAUGUUUCAGAAACAUUAAGGUUCCUCUGUCAGGCCUCCACACCCUGAAGGUCCCUUCUGCUGCAGGUGGAGCUGCGACUGGGGGCGUCCAGCAGAUCUACAGCAUCCUAGCGUCCGACGGCUGCACCUCAGAUAUCCGCCUGCUCACCAGCGACAAGCAGCCAUCGGAUAGAGUGGCUCUUGCGCCGACUUUUUCGGGCAUGUUGAACGUGUGCGAGAGCUACGGAGGCAGCAGCACCGACCGGCCUCCUCACAUCAUCCCUGCUGCCCCAGCGCCCUCCAUACCGCCCGGGCUCAGGCAGCGAUUCCACCCCUUUGGCAGCAAGGCCCCGAUCCUGGCGGCAGAGAAUGAGAUGGACGGCGCUGCCCUCGAGCCCCCGCCUGCCACCAAACGGUUCUUUGAAGACACGGGCCACGACGAAGAGCAGGAGGAAGAAGAAGGGCGGAAAAAAAAGAAGAAGAAGAAGAAAGAAAAGCGGAUAAAGACGGAGGUCACGGAGCAAGUGGUGGAAGUGAAAGAGGAACCUGUAGCUGAAGGUCAGGAGGAAAUGAUGGUGGAACAUUCCUUCCAGGAGGACGAUCAUUCAGAGGAGAAGAGGAAAAAGAAGAAGAAAAAGAAAGACAAGGAGCGAGAGCGAGAGGCGGAGGAGGGACUAGAGCCCAGCGUGGAGGUAAAGGUGGAAGAAAUAACUGUGAAACCCGAACCAAUAGACAGUUCUUACGGUGACGCAGCAGAGGACUCGGGAAAGAAGAAGAAAAAGAAGAAGAAAAGCAAAACGGGCGACGACUAGUCUGGUGUCACUUUGUUGUUUAGUUUUAUUUUUUCCGUUGUUGACCUUCUGAAGCAGUUUGUUGAACGAUGACAUAAUGUUUGACGCCGUGUCGCUAAAACACAUCAUGAAUCAGGUGCUGGUGAGAUGAAUUCUAAACUGGAUCCAUUCCACCAUCUCUAAGGCCAAUGUUCCUUUCAUUUUUAACUCGGUGACAGUUUUACACACAGAGAAUGUGUGCAGCCGCAGGCAUCAGUGACAACAUGGGAAAUAAAGUCGGUGAAUUUCUACGGCCUCUGCCAGUGCCUCUCAAGUUGUGGUGGAUUUUAUGGGCUAAUGCUCGACACUGUUUAUUUACACAACUAACGUUGCAGGUUUGGCAUCAAGACUAAUGGCCGAGUUCAAUGUUAGGUUUACUGUUUAGUCUUUUUGUCAAGGAUUACAUAUUGGAGAAAUUCAUGGUGUGCCGGGGAGCACACGUUACAAAAUAAACUCUGAAAAUGAUUAAAGGAA